GCGUAUGUUCCACCCUGUUGCUCUCUCUGAAACAGUGGACGAUCCUCAGCUGGAGGUCCAUCCUUUUCUGCCGAAUUUGAUUCACAAGCAUUUGAAGAUGAUUGGGGUAGGUCAUAGGUGAAGGCUGUCCAUAGCUUUACAUAGGAGUUCUGAGUCCGUCUCAACUUGAAAGCCUUUGAAGCCCAUCUGUUUGCACCAUCGAAUCGCUGUCAAGGCAGCAAGCAUCUCAGCCUGAAGCAGCGGCGAGCAGACCACCCUCUGAAUCCCUAAGAACCGCUCCACCGGCAAGAAACCUUCAUCAAAUGCGGCGUCAGUGUUCAAGCGCAAGUGUGGUUUUACUAUAAAUGAUGGCUGCUUUCUAUGGCUAUGCUUGAGCUGGAGCUGUCAGAACUCCUGACUCAGAAGUUGCUCUAUCAUUGAGAGGUCUGCAACCUAUCUAUCCAUUUUCAUGUGGACAACAUAAGUAUGAUGUGCAGCAGCUUUGCUUAUAGAUUUCCUUACCAAGUUGCAUCACUGACACAAAAACAGAUUUCAAGCGAUAGAGCAAUGGGCUUGGUGCCAAUUCAGUUCUCGAUAUACCAUUCUCCAAGGAGGAAGGCUGUGAAGUAUGCUGCAGUGUCAGCUGAAAAGUUAACCAGUGUGCCCCCUGCUUACUUAUCCCUCAGUCGAAAUGAACGAUCUCUGACUAAAUUCAAUACUGGCGAGAAGAAUGUACUUCAGAAAAGGGGAAAGAAAGAACACCAUCUUUGGAAGAAAAGAGAUUCAACUGGGUCAGGGCAGAAGGCACUUAAACUUGUUAGGAUUAUUUCAGGACUUCCGAAUGAGAAGAGUGUUGUUUAUGGUGCACUGGAUAGGUGGGUAGCGUGGGAAACUGAGUUUCCAGUGAUUGCAGCAGCCAAGGCCUUAAGAAUACUUAGGAAGCGAAGACAAUGGACACAACUAAUUCAGGUGGCCAAGUGGAUGUUGGGCAAAGGUCAAGGAGCAACUAUGGGCACUUACAGUUUGCUUUUACUGGCAUUUGAUAUGGACCACAGAGCAGAUGAGGCAGUGAUGCUAUGGAAUAUGAUCCUUCACACACACACCCGCUCUAUCUCAAAGUGGCUUUUUUCUAGAAUCAUUUCUUUGUACGAUCACCAUAAUAUGCCAGAUAAAAUCAUAGAAGUUUUUGCAGACAUGGAAGAGUUAUCUGUAACUCCUGAUGAAGAUACUGUAAAAAGAAUUGCUAGAGCUUUUCAGACACUUGGGCUCCCAGGAAAGCAGGAGAUGGUUCUGAAAAGGUAUAGGAAAGAAUGGAAGUAUAUUCAUUUCAAGGGUGAACGUGUUAGGGUAAAACAAGAUCCAUGAGAUGAAGAAAGCCUGCAACUCCUGACAUCAUCUUUCUCGAGUUUAAAGCCUUCUGGAAUGGUCAGAUUUAGAUAAUGUUGAACUUGUAAGCUUUAGAAUGGGAAUUAUAGAGCUCUAAAAAAGCCCACACCUCCUGACACCAUCUUUCUUGAGUUUAAAGCCUCAUCUGGAAUAGUCAGAUGUAGAUAGUGUUUAGCUUGUAAGCUUUAGAAUGAGAAUGAUAGAGCUCUGAAAAGCCUCAUCUCAAAAGGUUACUAUGUUUUAACGGUGUGUUGUGCUUUAGUUAAAUAUUAGAUUACUAGAUGUGUUAAAAGAAACGGG